AAAAAGGAAAAAACAAAAUAUUUCUCCCAAUUUCCAAGGAAAUUAUUAAACCCAAAAAAAUAUUAAUUGCUCUCUAGGGAUCUGUAAAGCUUUGGAAUGAUUUAUAGAUCAUAUAUACUAUUUAUCAAUUCACUGAAUGGCUUUUGGUGAGCAAUUCCGACUAAUAAAAAGCAAUUGAACGUCGAUGGCCAGCAUGAGCCACUAACCAGAAAGAGAGAAGGGAGCAGAUUGGUUGACGAAGUUAGAGAGAAGAGGGGCUCAGUUGAGUUAGAGAGAGCAAGGGAAGCAAAAGUGGGAUUCUUUUUUAACUUAACAUAACUCUAAAAAAAUGAGUAAAUAAAUUUUUAGUUGAUGUGGUGGGUGGUGGGAAGAUGAUAUGCGAGUUAUAUCAUUAUUUUAAUAAUUUAGAUGAAAUUUAUUAAAAUAAUUAAAUUUGAUAUAUUUAAUAAAUUUAAGUGAUUUUGUUGAGAUAGAUAGAAGAUCAGUGAACCGGGAUCUAGGUAAUAAUAGAUGGGUGGACACUGGAAUUUACACCGACUUCCAACUUUGAAAGGAUACAAAUUUAAAAUUUAGAACCUUAUACAACAAUGAAAACGGCAUCUUUUUUCGGACAAACUCUCUCCCUCUCUUUGGAUCACAUUGCUUUGUUCUUACAAAAGUGUUUAAAAGCAAAAGCCUUGAAACCAGGCAAGCAACUUCAUGCUUCGUUGUUAGUUACUGGGACUGAUAUGGAAGUUUUGUCCUUGAGUUCAAAGCUUGUUGGGAUGUACGCUGGUUGUGGAGACCUGAAAUCCUCCGGUUUCAUGUUUGAAAAAAUCAAAACCCCAAAUGUUUUUGCCGUGAAUUGGAUGGUUUUAGCUUUUGCUUUUAAUGGCUACUUUAAAGAGGCAAUUGGAUACUUCUCAUUACUGUCAGAAUCAAUAAAUCUUUGCAAUAAAUUCACCUUUUCUGUGGUUUUGAAGGCUUGUGUUGGGCUGAUGGAUUUGCAUAAGGGAAAGGAGGUUCAUGCUGUUGUUAGUAAGUUGUGUUUGGAAAGUGAUGCAGAUGUUGGUAAUGGUUUGAUCGAUAUGUAUUGCAAAUGUGGAAACGUGUCUUAUGCAAGGAGAUUGUUUGAUAGAAUGACUGAAAGAGAUAUUCCCUCUUGGACAUCCAUGAUUUGUGGUUAUUGUAAUGUGGGAAAGAAUGAAGAAGCUCUUGGUUUGUUUGAGAGGAUGAAGUUGGAAGGGUUGCAACCUAACGAGUUUACGUGGAAUGCGAUGAUAGCAGGGUUUGCUAGGAGGGGAGAUAUCACUGCUGCACUUGCUCUUUUUGGUAGAAUGAAUAAAGAAGGAUUGGUGCCUGAUUUGGUUACUUGGAACGCUAUUAUUUCAGGUUUUGCUCAAAGCCAAUGUCCUUUUGAAGCAUUGAACUUGUUUGGAAAUAUGUUAGUUUCUGGGAUGAGACCAAAUCAUGUGACUGUAACUGGACUGCUUCCAGCAUGUGGAUUGACAGGCUCUAUUCAAAAAGGUAGAGAAAUUCAUUGCUUGAUUUAUAGAUUGGGACUCGAUGUCAAUGUGUUUAUUGCUAGUGCUCUUAUUGACAUGUACUCCAAAUGUGGCAGUGUGAAAGAUGCUAAAAAUGUCUUUGACAAGAUUCCCAGCAAAAAUGUGGCAUCUUGGAAUGCUUUGAUUGGAUGCUAUGGGAACCAUGGCAUGGUUGAAUCUGCAAUAAAAAUGUUUGAGAGGAUGCAGGAAGAAGGGGUGCAGGCAGAUGAUGCAACUCUAACUUCUGUUCUUUCUGCUUGCAGCCACAGUGGUUAUGUUGAGAAAGGUUUGAAGAUAUUUAGGUCGAUGAAACAGAGUUACGGGAUUGAAGGUGCCAAAGAACAUUAUGCUUGUGUAGUUGAUAUGUUAUGUCGAUCUGGGAGGAUUGUAGAGGCUUAUGAAUUUGUGAAAGAAAUGCCAUUUGAGGUUACAGACUCAAUUCUUGGUGCUUUCUUCAAUGGUUGUAAAGUUCAUGGAAGAAAAGAUUUGGCUGAAUUGAUGAGCAAGCAAACUCUUAAAAUGGAAUUGAAAAGGCCAGGUGGUUUUGUUACGCUAUCAAAUAUUUAUGCAGCUGAUGGCGAAUGGGAGGAGGUCGAGAAUGUAAGAAAGCUCAUGAAAGAAAAGAAAAUUCACAAGAAGCCUGGCUUUAGCCGGGCGAGAAGGGGUGGUUUUGUUGGGGAAUAACUAGAAAAUGAAAGCAGAGCCAAGAAAUUUGGAUCAGUAUUUCCGAUUUGUGUUUAUCAAAUAGGAGCAUAUUCCCCUUAGGGAGUGUUUGGUUUGCGGAAUCUUGGAUUCCAAGAGAAAGUAUGAUCUCUAGAAAAAUGCGAUAUUCAAGAUUUUCUUUCAUUUUCAAGGUGUUUUGUUUUUAGAUUCACUCGUUUGGUUUGAGAGAAUUCAUGUAUAGUAAUUUUUGAAUAAUUACCAGAAUCUCAUUGACAUAUAUAGUGGUAACUUUUCAUUAGCUUUUAUUAAUAAUAAAUAUCAAACAACAAAUGAUGCCUUUAGUAGCAAAAGAAG